UCAGUAGGAAAAGAAAUGAGUGGGACUCUUUACUUUGAAUCUCACUCAACGAGUACAUCAGAAUGAAGCUACUAAAUCGGAUUUCUGAUACAUAAAACUUAACUUCUAGCAAUUCGUUUUCGGUGCGGGUGCUUCGCUUUUGACCUUGAGCGUGUUCCAUGCGUCGGUGUUCGUACUUGGGUGACGAGAUGGCGGUGAGGAUCAUCGUUGCCCUUAUUCUGCAGAGUGGCUGUUUUUUCAGGAAGUUGGAAAUUUGGCAAGGAAGCACAAAUCAAAAUGCAUCCCAAAUAACGAAUCCUCAAUCCAAAAAUUACUGCUUAUUGAUGUUUGUCGAUGCCAUCCGUUUGCUUCUUGGGUAGUCAAGAGAGUCCUAUACAAGAUGUCAACUUUGAGCCACUGCCUUCAAUCAUUUUAAUUCCACAAUCAGAAGUUUUACUGUUUCAGAGGAAAGAGAGGAAAUCUGCGAGGGAAACAUUUACAUAGUUUAGGCGAUAGAUGUGCGACAUGGUCAACAUAGCUUUUACCUGGAAGGAAGUGGAGGAUGCAAAUUCGAGAGGGGAUUUGAUCCUAAGCAUCAGAUUACUUGUUACAGGCGAUGAAAUUUGAAAAUCAAUUAAAUCUUUCUCGGACAUGAUCGUUUGAGUUUUCAACUACUUUGAAGUUUUAAUGCUGUAGAAAACUCUUCGGAUUCAGCAUGUUUGACAAUUAUAGUACGAGUAACCAGACUGGUGAUGAUAUGGGCAAUGAUGGAUGCACGCAACACGUAACUACAAAGGCCGAGAACGUUGGGAAGCUAUCAGCCUACGUCAUCGUAUUUGCAAUUUCACUCUUUGGGAAUAUUCUCAUUUUGAAUGUAAUCUGCAAAAACAAGAAUAUGCACAGAAACACCAACCUUUUGAUUCUGAAUAUGGCCAUCUCGGAUCUAGUCAUACCAGUUUUUGUGAUCCCUAGAAGAGUUAUACAAAUCGCUCUGGAAUUACCCUCAGCCAAAUGGAUCCUCUCUGGAGUAACUGGAGAAAUAACUUGCAAGCUGCAGACGUUCAUGCAGGAUUUUUCCGGUCUGGUCUCAACCCUUACACUGGUUCUAAUAUCCCUAGAAAGACUAGUGGCCGUCGCAUUUCCACUCCGCGCCAAAAUGGUCACAUACAGGUUACGGGUGAAUAUGAUAAUUUUGUCUUGGGUGGUUAGCGCAGCCAUCCAUGCUCCAUACUUCUACAUCUUCAAACUAUUUGAAUUUAACUCUGAAGUGUACUGCCUUGCAUCCUGGGAGCCUGCUUUUGAAGAGCCCUCGACUGGGCAAUUCUACAUCACCUUUCUUUGUAUUUCGGUGAUUUUAAUUCCGUUUACUCUUUUAGCUGGCAUAUACACAGUUAUAGUGUCGAUUCUGAUCAGGCAAAGGAACCACUUGCGAGACGCAGUUCGUGGAGGAAUUAUACGAGACAAAAUGAACAGAAAUGUACUGAAAAUGGCUGUGACAAUUGUUGUGAUAUUUGCCAUUUGUUGGGCUCCUCUCAAUAUCAAUCUGCUUCUUGUGACAUUUUUCAGGAAAUCUCAAAAUGCGUGGUGCACUCCUCCUGCUUUUGCAUUCACUGCCGAGUUCCUUGUGAUCGCCAACGCCGCUAUCAAUCCGUUUGUAUAUUUUGGCUUCGUGGAAAAUUAUCGACGCAAUCUUAAGAGAGUUCUCACCAAGUCUAUCUUACGUACGAACGUUAGGAAAACUGGAAAGAGGCUAAGUGUUCGUCGCGAAACAUUUGAACUGACAUCUAUAACUUGCGAUAGAGUGCCCAGCUCUGAGAACGUGGUCUCAGGAAUUCGGAUUAUCUCGUCAAAGAGACUAGACUCAACAAGACGCAGGAGCGAAGUAACAAUGGCGGAGAACCUGUAACUUAAUGAACACUGAUUCAUCAGUACUCCUUGUAAUUUGAUAUUUGAAUUAAGAGUUUGUUUGCAUAUCGCUAAUCUGGAAUAGGCUCUGGAAUUAUUGUUAUUAGAAAGAUUGUUUAGGUUAGCCUAUGGCUGGAACGUGGUGUAAACUAAAUGACAAAAAAUCAAAAUAUGCCCAGUCGUGAUGGUGAUCUUUUUUACCAUGGAGUAAAAGGAGAAAAGUACCGUUUUUUAUUGGUCGGGGAAGAAUUAGGUGAUAAAUCAAAGGGAAGUAGAAAUUGUGAUGCACAAUUCUCUCUGUGUCCUUUAUUUCAAAGAUUUGACGAACUUUAAAGACAGGCGCGAUUUCUUAAGGAGAGAAAUACAUGAUCAUGGCCUUUUUAGCAGAUUGUUACUGAGGAGUGAUAACUGAAUAAAGAGUUUUAAAGGCCAUUUUAGCAUUAAUCCUCGGGGUUGAAAUUCGUGUAGAGCCGUUUGAAUAAUAGGAAAACUACUUUACUAAGAGAGACCUCGUAUCGCUCUAGAAAGAGUUUAGUCGAUGGGUUGCUUGUCAAUAAAUUUUAUUGCAUUAUGAAAGACCUGUCAACAUUUACUGAUGCAUCCUUCGCAGUUGACAACAUUCAGUCAUUUCUAUAUCUUUUAUGUAAGAGAUGCAUCUAAAAUCGAGCUGAUAUAACUGAGUUUAGCGCCUCCUUGACGCCGACCAUCAUCGGUUUAGGAACUUAAACCAAAAUAAAUAAAUAUAUUAUGCUUCUACUUAACAUUAUCGAUAUGAUACGUGUUUUAUAUAGAAAAAGACCUAACAACGUGCAUGUACCAUUGUGAAAUAUCUUCCAAGGUUCUAGUGAAGCGAAAUUUUCUGAUUUUAUGCCUCGAGGUAACGAGAAAUAGCUAAAAAGGAUAAAAAUAAUGAUAGUAAAUAAGAAAAUAACAAAUUUAGUUGUUACCCUCGGAUGAAAUUGAUUUCAA